GUCAGUGUGUUAUCGCGGUGUUGUCCGAGAGCAGCAGGUGUCACCCUGUAGGCCUGAGCGUGUGUGUGUGUUCUGCUGUGUGUUCUGCUGGAUCAUGCGUGUCCUCGUCUGACCGAGCCCACGUGUGUGCGUGUGUCUGUGUGUGAGUGUGUGUUUCUCAGACGGCUCAGACAUGUGGAGUGUGUUUCUCAGUGUGUCCCGCUCCUCUCUCCCGCGCUCCGGGAAAAGGUUUUUCCAGACCGGACGGAUCGUGUGUGAUCAACAAACUCAAAGAGGUGUGCGGUACAAGGAUGUUGUGGUGGGCGUCCCGAAGGAGAUCUUCCCGAGCGAGCGGCGUGUGUCGGUGUCUCCGGCCGGUGUGGAGCUGCUGGUGAAGCAGGGGUUCAGUGUGUGUGUGGAGUCUGGAGCCGGAGCCGCGGCGCAGUUCUCUGAUGAGCAGUACAGAGCAGCCGGAGCGCGGAUCACUGACACACACACCGCUCUCGCCUCACACCUAGUGCUGAAGGUGCGUGCGCCGGUGUUUAACGAUGCUCUGCGUGUGCACGAGGCUGAGCUGCUGUCGCGCGGCUCUACUCUGGUCAGCUUCAUCUAUCCAGCGCAGAACCCGGAGCUGCUGCAGCUGCUGAGCCAGAAGCAGAGCACUGUACUGGCCAUGGACCAGGUGCCGCGCGUCACUAUAGCACAGGGAUACGACGCGCUCAGCUCCAUGGCCAACAUCGCUGGGUAUAAGGCUGUGGUUCUGGCGGCCAAUCACUUCGGGAGGUUCUUCACGGGUCAGAUCACAGCGGCGGGGAAAGUUCCUCCAGCGAAGGUGCUGGUCAUCGGUGGCGGUGUUGCAGGUCUGGCUGCGGCCGGAGCUGCUAAAUCAAUGGGUGCCAUCGUCAGAGGAUUCGACACCAGACCGGCUGCACUGGAGCAGUUCAAAUCGUUCGGAGCAGAGCCGUUGGAGGUGCACAUCGCAGAGUCAGGUGAAGGGGUCGGAGGAUACGCUAAAGAGAUGUCCAAAGAGUUCCUGGAGGCCGAGAUGAGUCUGUUCGCCAAACAGUGCAGAGACGUGGACAUCAUCAUCAGCACAGCUCUUAUUCCUGGUAAGCAAGCUCCAGUGCUGAUCAAGCGUGAGAUGGUGGAGAGCAUGCGGGAUGGGUCAGUGGUGGUGGAUCUGGCAGCCGAGGCCGGAGGAAACAUCGAGACCACCAAACCCGGAGAACUUUACGUCCAUCAGGGUGUCACACACAUCGGCUACACGGAUCUGCCCAGUCGGAUGGCCACACAGGCCAGCUCUCUGUACUCCAACAACAUCAUCAAACUGCUGAAGGCCAUCAGCCCCGAUAAAGAGUUCUUCCACUUUGAGCCCAGAGACGAGUUCGACUACGGGACGCUGGAUCACGUGAUCAGAGGGACGAUGGUGAUGAAGCAAGGUCAGAAUCUUUUUCCUGCACCGCUGCCAAAAACCACUCCACCGCCACCGCCGGCCAAGCAGAAGAGUGUGGCAGAGCUGGAGGCUGAGAAACGUGCUGUAAUCUCCCCGUUCAGACGCACCAUGACCUCUGCAGGCAUCUACACUGCAGGUCUCUCCACCGUUCUGGGUUUGGGUAUCUCCUCUCCCAAUGCUGCCUUCACUCAGAUGGUGACGACCUUUGGCCUUGCUGGAAUUGUGGGAUAUCACACGGUGUGGGGCGUGACUCCGGCCCUGCACUCGCCACUCAUGUCUGUGACCAACGCCAUCUCAGGUCUGACAGCAGUGGGUGGGCUAGUGCUGAUGGGUGGAGGAUUGACACCCUCGUCUCUUCCCGAAUCUCUGGCUCUGCUGGCUGCGUUUGUGUCCUCCAUCAACAUCGCAGGUGGUUUUCUGAUCACUCAGAGGAUGCUGGACAUGUUCAAGAGGCCCACGGACCCUCCAGAGUACAACUACCUGUACACAUUGCCAGGACUGGCGUUUGUGGGCGGGUACGGGGCAUCUGUUGCUGGCGGAUACAGCAUUGAGCAGAUGAUGUACCUGGGCUCUGGUAUGUGUUGUGUUGGAGCUCUGGCCGGUCUCUCCGCUCAGGGAACCAGUCGUUUAGGGAACGCUCUGGGAAUGAUCGGAGUCGCCGGAGGAAUCGCAGCCACACUCGGCGCUCUCAAACCCUCACCUGAGCUCCUGUCGCAGAUGUCCAUCGCCAUGGCAACUGGAGGAACUCUGGGUCUGACCAUCGCCAAGCGCAUCGAGAUCUCGGAUCUCCCUCAGCUGGUGGCUGCGUUCCACAGUCUGGUGGGUCUGGCUGCGGUGCUCACCUGCGUGGCCGAGUACAUGAUCGAGUAUCCACACCUGGAUGUUCAUCCGGCAGCUGGCAUGCUGAAGAUCGUGGCGUACCUGGGCACCUACAUCGGCGGAGUGACCUUCAGUGGCUCUCUGGUGGCGUACGGCAAACUACAAGGUCUUCUGAAUUCAGCUCCUCUGCUGCUGCCCGGGCGUCACAUGCUGAAUGCGGGUCUGAUGUUGGCGUCAGUGGGCGGGAUGGUGCCCUUCAUGCUGAGCGACUCCUUCCACACCGGCAUGGGCUGCUUACUGGGCGUCUCCGGACUCUCCACAGUCAUGGGUGUGACGCUGACCUCCGCCAUCGGUGGAGCAGAUAUGCCGGUGGUGAUCACGGUGUUGAACAGUUACUCCGGCUGGGCUCUGUGUGCUGAGGGUUUCCUGCUGGACAACAACCUGAUGACCAUCGUCGGCGCUCUGAUUGGCUCAUCCGGCGCCAUCCUGUCCUACAUCAUGUGUGUGGCCAUGAACCGUUCGCUACCGAAUGUGAUUCUGGGUGGAUACGGCACCUCGUCCACUGCCGGUGGGAAACCCAUGGAGAUUGUGGGAACACACACUGAGGUCAACGUGGAGCAGUCCAUCGAGAUGAUCAAAGAGGCCAACAGCAUCAUCAUAACACCUGGCUGGGGUCUGUGUGCAGCGAAGGCUCAGUAUCCCAUCGCUGAUAUGGUGAAGAUGCUCCGUGAGCAGGGAAAGUCUGUGAGGUUUGGGAUCCACCCGGUGGCGGGCCGGAUGCCCGGGCAGCUGAAUGUGCUGCUGGCGGAGGCCGGAGUGCCGUAUGAUGUGGUUCUGGAGAUGGACGAAAUCAAUGAUGAUUUCCCAGAGACGGACCUGGCGCUGGUGAUCGGAGCCAAUGACACCGUCAACUCAGCUGCACAGGAAGAUCCAAACUCUAUCAUUGCUGGGAUGCCGGUGCUGGAGGUGUGGAAGUCUAAACAGGUGAUUGUGAUGAAGCGGACUCUCGGUGUGGGAUACGCCGCCGUGGAUAACCCCAUAUUCUACAAACCCAACACCGCCAUGCUUCUGGGAGACGCCAAGAAAACCUGCGACAGCCUGCAGGCCAAGAUCCGAGAGGCUUUUUACUGACAGCAAAGCUUGAAGAAACCCUUUAUUACAAACACACGCUCAAGUGCCUUAAAAACAAGAAGCCAGUCACUGUCACACACUGGAAGUAUGCAUGCACAAUUGACUUGUAAAUAAAAACGUUGAAAUGA